GUGGAUUAAAGGAAGAAGAAAAAGCAGAAGAAGAGGAGUUAUUAGAUCCAUCAGCUCGUUUAUUUCAUGAACCGAAGUUUAACUUAUACAUAAUUGCAAUGCUGGGCUGUAAAACCAGGAUUAAUCCCAAUAUCAUUAAGGAAGGUUUACUUACCACAGUACUUAAACAUCCACGCUUCUGCAGUUUGCAGGUAGAGGUUGGAGGAAAAGGAGGGGAGAUGAAAUGGGUACCAACAGAGGUGAAUAUAGAAAACCAUGUUGUAGUACCAGAAAUUAAUCCUGCUAUGCUGGAUGAUAUAUCAACGGAUAGAUUCGUUGAAGAUUACAUAUCAGAACUAAGCAAAACCACAAUUGAUAUGUCAAAACCACUUUGGGAACUUCAUAUUCUCAAUGUCAAAACGACUGAAGCCGAAGCUGUAGGCGUAUUUAAAGUCCACCAUUCCAUUGGUGACGGUACUUCACUU